ACGUGCAGCAAGAAUGUCGCGUAAAAUUUCGAUCGCGUUCAACGGUAUUUUAGUCGCCUUCUUGUUGGUGACUGCGAGUGAACUGCCCAAUGCGGAAGCACAAAUCCCAAUACAGGAAACUCUGACCAACAUUAGAAAUAGUUUGGAAUAUUUUUUUUCGCAACCAAAUCGUGAUCUAAAUGGCGCCUUAAGUUUACUUAAUCCUAAUGAAUUGACAGAGAUUCCAGCAAUCAGAGUCACACAGCCAACCACGGAAGCGUCGACAAUUACCGUCGGUACGGUAACUUCUCAAACAGAUGCAAAUGUGAAUUCCGUAGUACCACAAAUUACUAGCUUUGCAGCUGCUGCUGGUAGAAUGGAGUUACCAGCGCCAAUACAUUUUAUCAGAAUGACCAUGAAUAGUGGCUUGAGACGAUAAAUUAUAUAUAUAUAAUUCAUGU